GACGUGCAUAGCUUAAAGACGUAGGGGCGCAAAGAGUUGCGGCUGCAGGGCUACAAUGCAAACUUACAAGCACAUCUUGGAUGCCAACUAAGUUUCAAAACCCAUUUCACGAUUUCCGUGCUCCAAGGCAAUCGAAUGAGGCGCGCACGUCCGAUCUAAAAUCCUCAAUAUUUUUACACACACACACACACGCAAGAGCGCACGCAGCCACACAGCGGCGGGCACCAACACAAACGCAAGCAAGUAACCCACGCACACAUAUGCAGCUUUACCUCAUCUCGUGCGGGUGCAGGCGUAUUCGCGCAAGCUAAUUUACUGCCAGCCGUGACCUGAUGAGAGCACUCGGGCACACGACUACUAAUGCAUUGCCGGACCGAUGCAAUUGUGUUGGAGAGUUGAAACGCUCGCGCGCAUAAUGAUUUUGGAGCAGCAUGAAAAUCCGUCGAUUGUCGCGUGUUUAGUACCACUUCGAACGCUUGUCGGUCUCCAUGUGGGGAGAGUGCUCGACGACCGAUCAUCGAGACAGAUUUUCAGCAGCUCGCAGCGACUGGAUGUAACGCCGCUCAACGGCAAUAACGUCGUGCGCCUGUGUUCAUUCCGUUGUCGUAGUUAUAGUCGUAGCCUUCGUUUUAGUUUCGAAUAAAACAAACUUUCAAAUACGGUUUUUUAAUAUUUAAUUCAAUAAAAGGAAUUUUCCAAAUUCGAUAAUUUUAAGUUGGAGUUGUGCAAAGAGCUACUCACAGUGCGACAUUCCUCAGAACAUUCUAAUUAUUUAGUGCAAUUGCCGAUAGACAGAUAAAACCCAAAAUUACUACGAUUCAUUGCUCUGUGGGAGCAACUCAAUGCAAAUUAACUAUUAACUAUAUAGUUUAAAAACAAUAUUGAGAAGUUAUUCAUUCAUCAUACCACGGUAUAAUAGUGUUUGCUGUAUUGCCGCACGUCCAUUGGAUCUGUGGCGUUGGAAGUGUGGAGUCGUGACUUAUUGGCGCCCAAUCGAAGCAUAACAAUCAUGAAGUUGCCCAGAGGCCAUCUAGGUCUCUUGGGUAGUGGCGCCCAACGGCGUAUGACGCACACUUAUGUAUGGUCGCUGAUUUUCGCAACGUACCUGAUUGCCUUCGUGCGAAAUGACUACAGCUUUGCCGGUGCGAGGGAAUCGGGAAAAAAUUGCAAUAAUACGGUAUGUGAUUGUAAGGGAUUGAAGGGACGUUCGGGUACUAUCGGUCUGAAGGGCUAUCCUGGUAUUGAAGGUCCACCCGGAGAUGUUGGUCCAAUUGGACCGUUUGGUCGACGUGGUGAAUAUGGUGAUCCAGGCGAAUAUGGCGAACAAGGCGAAAAAGGCCACCGAGGUGACAUGGGUGAAUUAGGUUUACCUGGUCGACAUGGUAUAACGGGUCCCGCUGGUGAAGACGGUCCUAAAGGCAUCUCCGGUAUCGAUGGCUGUGACGGUAAAUCUGGUCAGCAAGGUUUACCUGGUUCACCGGGCCUAAAUGGUCAGCGUGGUCCAAUAGGUAAACCCGGCCCACCAGGACCUACAGGUGAUGCAGGGGAAGGUGGUAUCAAUUCGAAAGGUACCAAAGGUAAUCGAGGUGUCCAAGGUCCUGAUGGUGUAGACGGUCAACCUGGAUAUAUCGGCAUGAAAGGUUACAAAGGUGAUAUUGGCUAUCCUGGCAUAGAGGGUUCAAAAGGUGAACUAGGUCUUAAAGGUUAUAAGGGGGAUAUGGCAGAACCCGCGAAUUUACAGCUUUUCGGUGAGGGUCAGCUCGGCGAAAAAGGUGAACCCGGAGAUGGUGAAGAAUCUCCACUAAUUAUUGGUGUAGCAAUAAAAGGCUACAAGGGUGACCAAGGCUUUUUUGGAUUGACGGGUAUCGUUGGUGCGCCUGGUGAAACUGGCGAAUUGGGCAAUACUGGUUUACCUGGCCCUCGUGGUGAUACUGGCGAACCGGGUGAACGUGGAAAACCUGGUAAAGCAGGUGAAGCUGGUUUUUCUGGUGACAAAGGUGCUAAAGGUGCCCCAGGCUAUAACGGCCUCGAUGGUGAAGAUGGUUUGAACGGAGAAGUUGGUGAUGACGGUUUCGAUGGCUUUCCCGGUGAACAAGGUCCUACUGGUCCCCCUGGUAUUUAUGAUCCCAAUUUGGAUAAAUCUUUUCCGGGACCACAAGGCCCUCAGGGUGAUAUCGGUCCACUGGGUAAUCCAGGCCUUCCAGGAAUACCUGGAAAGCAGGGUCGUCGAGGUCCAUUUGGUCCUCCAGGUCCCCCCGGUGAUAGAGGUUUAGAUGGUUCACCUGGUCGUCGUGGUGUAAGUGUUAAAGGAGAUGACGGUGAUUACGGUUAUAUGGGAUCCCCUGGACCUAUGGGGCCUCCUGGUAAUCCUGGUCUUACAGGACGCCCUGGUCAAAUAGGACAACCCGGGUUAAACUUGAUAGGACCUAAAGGUUUCGCCGGAAGGUUAGGUGUACCCGCUACAAAUGGUUUCCGCGGAGAUCGUGGUGAAGUUGGAUUGCCUGGCGAUAAAGGUGGACCAGGUGAUGGUGUCAAUAUUGUUGGUCCUCCUGGUUUUGAAGGCCCGCCUGGUAAACGUGGCCCGCCGGGUGUCGAUGGUAAUCCUGGGUGGCCAGGUGAGCUCGGUGCUAAAGGUAUUCGUGGUGACGAUUGCGGUAUAUGUCCAGCUGGCCCCAAAGGCACGAAAGGAAUACCGGGUGAUACAGGGUACCCUGGUGUACAUGGUGCACGUGGUCCCAUAGGCUUAACAGGUGAGCGUGGACCGAAAGGUUGGCCUGGUAAUCCCGGACCAAUAGGUCGAAGAGGAAUUGCCGGUCCUCCUGGAGCCAGUGGUGGUAUGGGUCGUCCUGGACCUCCUGGUCGUCCUGGUUCUCGAAAUCCAAUUAAUAAUAUCGAGAAACCAGAAAUAGGAGAUGUUGGCGAAGCCGGUGAACGUGGUGAACAAGGUGUAACUGGUGAUAUCGGUUUCGAUGGUAGACCUGGUAUACGUGGGGCCAAAGGGGAAACUGGACUACGAGGAGAUUACGGUGAUAUGGGACGUCCAGGCAGAGACGGUUUGCCAGGAAGAUCGGGUCGUGAUGGUAAACGUGGUCUUGACGCUUCUAUGCCUAAAUUUUAUUUGAUCGGCGAAUCUGGACGAGAUGGUCGCAUAGGAGAACGUGGCGAACCAGGCAGUGAGGGACCAAAAGGUGACAAAGGUGAACCAAAUCCCGGCCAAAUAUACGAUAACAAAGGUGAAGUUGGUGAUGUGGGUUUAAUUGGUUUGGUUGGUGAUAAGGGAUUUAAGGCCUCAAAAGGCCAAAAAGGAAUAUAUGGAUUAACAGGAGAUAUUGGCUUGACCGGCCUUACAAUUCAAGGUGAAGUAGGUGCAAAAGGAUGGCCUGGCUCUAUUGGAGAUUAUGGAGCACAUGGGACUCCUGGAAAUGCUGGUCAGAAUGGUUUUCCUGGUCUUGAUGGCAGAGUUGGCCUUAAAGGCUACCGUGGUGAUCCUGGACGUAGUGUAUUACCUGGCGAAAUCGGACCCGAUGGAUAUCCAGGUAUUAAAGGAGAACAGGGAGACAUCGGAUGGCCUGGUAGUCAUGGGCCCGCUGGUACGCCGGGUAUUCAGGGUGUAAAAGGUGCGAAAGGAGAUUUCGGUGAAUGGGGCAUACAAGGUUUGCCUGGUAAUAAAGGUCCUCGUGGUGACUACUUGGUUGGUUAUCCUGGUCGCGAAGGAGCUCCAGGUAGAGAUGGAAGAACUGCUCCUCAUGGAAGAAAAGGUGAAAAGGGUGUAACGGGUUCACUGGGAUCUAUAGGAGUACAAGGUGCUAAAGGUAGCAUUGGAUACCCAGGACUACGAGGUCGCUUGGGUGACCAAGGAAGACCUGGAGAACCUGGACAAACUGGAAGCCCAGGUUGGGCUGGAAUCCCUGGCGAACCAGGAGAUCGUGGUGAUAUAGGCUUUGACGGUAGAAACGGUGAUAGAGGACCACGUGGUGCACUUGGAAACAUGGGGCCGAAAGGUCAAUCUGGUGAUGUUGGCCCGAUCGGACGCCCUGGAGCUCCUGGAAUUCCAGGCAAACGAGGUGCUGUAGGUAAUCGCGGUAUCCCUGGACGUAGUGGCCCUAAGGGUAAUGCAGCAUACAGUGGCAUUAAAGGAGAAAUGGGCGAUUCAGGUAUAAAGGGACUACCAGGACUUGAUGGGAUUCCCGGUGCUCCGGGAGAACGAGGUCCUGUUGGCGACUCCCCAAGUGCAUUAAAUGGCUUACCAGGACUAAAAGGAGAUGCAGGCAUUCCUGGACGUUACGGUUUGAAUGGCUUAAAGGGACAAAAAGGUGAGCAAGGAGAAUUCGGGUUAAUGGGACGUGUUGGAGAGCAGGGUGAUAGGGGAGAUGUUGGAUUAGCCGGAUAUCGUGGUCGCGAUGGUCUACCUGGAAGAAAAGGUGUAAUUGGAGCUGUUGGAAUGACUGGUUUCGUUGGUGCCAAAGGUGAUUCUGGUGAUGCAGGUUACCCCGGCUUACCUGGUUUGGUUGGCGAUAGGGGUGAUGUCGGUGAUGCCGGAUCUAUAGGAAUUCAAGGUGAGCGGGGAGAUGAAGGCUACCCGGGACGACCUGGUGUACUGCUACGUGGAUUCGCAGAAAGAGGUGAUAAGGGUGAACAAGGCUUUCAAGGCGCGCCAGGACCUAUUGGUGUAUAUGGUCCUGAUGGAGCCCCUGGUUAUCCAGGCCCCAAAGGAGAACGUGGUGACAUUGGCUUAAGUGGAGCUGCUGGUUUGGAUGGAUAUUUUGGUGCCAAAGGAGAAAUGGGAGAUAAAGGUUAUCCUGGAGCAACUGGUCCAAUCGCUUCAUUCAUCGAAAAAGGUGACGAAGGUGAGCCCGGUUAUGAUGGUUUCCCCGGACGUCCAGGCCGUUUGGGCCCAAAGGGAGCACCUGGCGAGCAAGGCGAUUAUGGUGCAAAUGGAUUAAUUGGUAUGCCAGGCAUUUCUAUAGUUGGGCCGAAAGGUCAAACUGGAGAUGUUGGUUAUCCUGGCCCAUCAGGUCGUAAUGGUUUGCAUGGCAGGACUGGCCUUAAAGGAGAACGGGGUGAUGAUGGCAAUCAAGGUGAACGUGGAGAAAUUGGCUUUGCUAUUCGUGGCAAAAAUGGUGACGUGGGUGAUAUCGGGCUAAUAGGAGAAAGCGGUAACGAUGGGCUUAAGGGUGAGCAAGGUGAUCAGGGAUACCAAGGACGUCCUGGACCGUUCGGUUUGUUAGGGCCUCGUGGACCACAAGGUGAUGCCGGUUGGAGUGGUGUUGAUGGCUUGAAUGGUCUUGGGGGUAUCAAAGGUGAAGCAGGAGUUACAUAUGAUUUUAACUUUGCGCGUCCUGGUGAUCGGGGAGAACGAGGACUUGAUGGCUUCAAAGGUCAAAUGGGUGACAUCGGUGAAAUCGGUGAAACUGGAAGCAUAGGUCGUCGCGGCCUAAAAGGUUAUCAAGGCGAUCAAGGAUUCAUGGGUUCUAUAGGUCUGGAUGGUCCAAAAGGUGAGCAAGGAAUGCCCGGUUUGGAAGGUCCUCCUGGUCUUACCGGACUACCUGGCUCUCAAGGACCAGUUGGUGCACCUGCCCCACCAGCACCAUUACCAAAGAGUCGCGGUUUUGUAUUUACUCGCCACUCACAAUCAGUAUCCAUACCAGAAUGCCCGAUCAAUACAAAUUUGUUAUGGGAAGGUUACUCUCUUGCUGGAAAUAUUGGCAGCAGUAUGGCCAUUGGACAAGAUCUAGGGCUAUCUGGUUCCUGUAUGAUGCGUUUCACAACAAUGCCUUAUAUGUUCUGUGAUGUAAAUAAUGUAUGCAAUUAUGCACAAAACAAUGACGACAGCUUGUGGCUUUCCACUGCUGAACCAAUGCCAAUGAACAUGGCACCGAUUCAAUCUUUCGAUCUGAUGAAAUUCAUAUCACGUUGUGUAGUCUGCGAAACGACAACGCGAAUCAUUGCACUACACAGUCAGAGCAUGAGCAUACCAGACUGUCCGAAUGGCUGGGAAGAAAUGUGGACCGGUUACAGUUAUUUGAUGACUACAACUGAUAACACUGGUGGUAUUGGGCAGAGUUUGGUAUCGCCCGGUUCAUGUCUGGAAAACUUCCGCACCAAUCCAGUUAUUGAAUGCCAUGGACAUGGUCGCUGCAACUAUUAUGAUCCCCUGGCUUCUUUCUGGUUGGCGGUAAUUGAAGAGCACGAACAGUGGUUACAACCAAGGCAACAGACUUUGAAAGCGGACCAAACAAGCAAAGUAAGCCGUUGUACCGUUUGUCGUCGCAAGAACGAGUCUUACCUUCGACGUGCUUCGUCUGUGAGCGCUUCUGCAAAUGAGUUCCGUCGUGGUCCUAUUCGUUACGCGCCAGACUCACGCAUUGCAGAACCAUCGCCCAUUCGUAAUAGGCCAGCGCCUUACCGACCGGUAGGCCGACGUCCGAUACCAGGCGGUCGCCCCAGCUAUUAUGUCGGCUCAACAAUAGAUCGUAAUCGCGCAAGUCGCAUACGGCGUCCACGCGAAGACACAUACGCACCGUAAAGCUGUAAUUAGCCGAGCUGACUGUCUCUUAUAAAGCAAAAUAGUUAGAAGCUUACUUUUUAAUUAAAACAAAAAAUUUCAUAAAAUAAAUACUAAAUAAAAUAACAAGAAUCAGAACUUGAGUAUAUAAAUAAUAAAAAUAUGUAUGUAACAUUUACGAAUAAAUUUUAGGUUAUGUGA